AUGGCGACUGUGUCGAAGGCGGACAAGUCGAUUGUCCUUGGCGACUUCAACGCCCGCGUCGGCACAGACCAUACUGCCUGGAGAGGAGUGCUGGGUCCCUACGGUCUCCGCGGCUCCAAUGACAAUGGUCUGCUGCUUCUCCGCACCUGCGCAGAACACUGCCUCAUUCUGACGAACACGUUCUUCUGUCUGCCGGAGCGAGAGAAGGACACCUGGAGGCAUCCUCGGUCGCGUCAGUGGCACCUGCUGGACUAUGUCCUCGUCCGGAGGCGAGAUCAGCGGGACGUGCUGUUGACGAAGGCGAUCGCGGGUGCUGACGGGUGAUCCGACCAUCGCCUCGUCAUCUCGAAGAUGCGUGUUCGCCUACAGCCUCGCAGGAGACCACAGGUAAGCAACCAUUAGGUAAGCUGAAUGUUGCUCUGUUGUCUUUGCCCGCUCACCAUCUCCAUUUCAGCAAUGAGCUAGCUCAACGGCUAGACAACCUUCCAUCGCCGAUGCCGCCGCUGCCGAGAACGAUUCCGUGGAGAACCGCUGGUGUCAACUGCGAGACACGGUCCAGUCGACGGCGCUAACCGUCCUCGUCCGCGCACGCCGCCAACACCAGGACUGGUUCGACGACAACAACGCCGCCAUCGGAAAUCUGCUUGCUGAGAAGAACCGCCUACACAAAGCCUACGUAGCUCACCCCACUGAAGACAACAAAGCUGCCUUCUACCGCAGUCGCCGACAGAUUCAGCAACGACUGCGCGAGAUGCAGGACGCCUGGACUGCUCGCAAAGCUAAGGAGAUCCAAGGGUACGCGGACCGCAACGAAUGGAAGAAUUUCUUCUCCUCGAUCAAAGCUGUCUACGGCCCGUCGACGAAGGGCACUGCAACUCUCCUCAGCGCCGACGGCAGCACUCUCCUGACUGAGAAAACGCAAAUCCUCAGCGAUUGGCCGAGCAUUUCCGGAGCGUUCUCAACCGCCCAUCCGUCAUCUCCGACGCCGCCAUCGCCCGCUUGCCGCAAGAGGAGACUAACGUGGACCUCGACCUCCCGCCAUCUCUCCAGGAAACGAUGAGGGCCGUGCAGCAGCUCUCCAGCGGGAAAGCACCCGGAUCGGACGCAAUCCCUGCUGAGGUCUACAAGCACGGAGGUCCCGAAUUGAUGGAUCACCUGACUGCGCUCUUCCAGGAGAUGUGGCGUCAAGGUGAAGUCCCGCAUGAUUUCAAGGACGCAACUAUCGUGCACCUAUACAAGCGAAAAGGGAAUCGCCAAGUCUGCGACAACCACCGCGGCAUCUCCCUACUGAACAUCGCCGGGAAGAUCUUCGCUCGCAUCCUGCUCAACCGCCUCAACAACCAUCUGGAACAGGGCCUUCUGCCGGAAAGCCAAUGCGGCUUCCGUCGUCAUCGUGGGACCACGGAUAUGAUCUUCGCAGCCCGCCAACUCCAGGAGAAGUGCCAGGAGAUGCGAACCCACCUGUACUCUACCUUCGUGGACCUGACGAAAGCCUUCGACACGGUGAAUCGUGAAGGACUGUGGAAGAUCAUGCAGAAAUUCGGCUGUCCGGAGCGAUUCACCCAGAUGGUGCGUCAGCUGCACGACGGUAUAAUGGCGCGAGUAACGGACAACGGAGCUGUCUCAUAUGCAUUCGCAAGGACCAACGGAGUGAAGCAGGGCUGUGUGCUGGCGCCUACCCUCUUCAGUCUUAUGUUCUCUGCCAUGCUGAUGGACGCCUACCGCGGCGAACGCCCCGAAAUCCGCAUCGCCUAUGAAACGGACGGUCACCUCCUGAAUCACCGGCGCAUGAACUUCCAAUCGCGCGUAUCCACAACCACCGUGCACGAACUCCUCUUCGCCGACGACUACGCCCUGAACGCCACCUCGGAAGAGGAAAUGCAACGCAGCAUGGACCUAUUCGCCGCCGCCUGCGAGAACUUUGGGCUGGUCAUUAACACGCAGAAGACGGUGGUGAUGCAUCAACCGCCACCCAACUCAGCCACAGCCCCCAACGCGCCGCCGCAAAUCAACGUGAAUGGGACUCAACUGCAAGUGGUAGAGAACUUCCCGUACCUGGGCAGUACCCUCUCACGCAGCACCAAGAUUGAUGACGAAGUCGCCGACAGGAUCUCGAAAGCCAGUCAAGCCUUCGGUCGCCUCCAAAGCACAGUUUGGAAUCGCCACGGUCUCCAACUGAGCACGAAGCUGAAGAUGUACUAGGCCGUCAUCCUGCCGACGCUACUGUAUGGAGCGGAGUCUUGGACGGUGUACACGAGGCAGGCACGCCGACUGAACCACUUCCACCUCAGCUGUCUCCGUCGCAUCCUGAAUCUGAACUGGCAGGAUCGAAUCCCCGACACGGAAGUGCUGGAACGAACGGGAAUCCUCAGCAUAUACGCCAUACUGAGACAAGUGCAGCUGCGCUGGAGCGGCCACCUGGUGCGCAUGGACGACGAGCGACUACCCAAACGACUCUUCUAAGGAGACGUCGCGACGGGUUCUCGUCUUCAAGGAGGCCAAAUUCGCCGUUACAAGGAUACCUUGAAGUCCUCCCUGAAGCGCCUGCAAAGCAACCUGACCAACUGGGAAGAGCUCGCCCGCGAUCGUCCGACAUGGAGGAGAACAGUGAAGACGGGCGCUGCUAUCUACGAAGCUAACCGCAUCGCCGCCGCCAAAGUGAAACGCGAAGCCCGCAAAUCACAACUUCGCCCAAUGCGCAACGCCGCCGCACAACCGCUCCCUACGUGUCCUCGAUGUCAACGGACAUUCCGGGCACGAAUCGGACUUGUUGGACAUCUCCGGAUCAACUGCACCUCUCGAACUGCACCAGCCAUCGUCCCCCCGCCCGCCCCUUCCUCGUCCUUUCUGCCGCCAACUAACUCUGACAUUCCCUCUACACCACCACUUCCAUCCUCCUCGUUCUCCUCCACUGCCCCAGCGGCGUCCGUUCAGACUGCCGUCUCACACAUCUCCAACCCUGACACAAUAACCGCCACCACACCCACCUCUCCCUAUUCCAGUGAUGAGGAUCAGGACUACACCUGCCCUCACUGCGACCGCACCUUCACCUCUCGCAUCGGCCUGGUCGGUCACUUGCGAAUCCAUCGCACAGAGCUUGGUGAACCAGUGCCUGGAGCACCAACCCACACCCACCGCACUCGCCUCCACUGCCCACAAUGCCCUCGCACCUUCACUCACCGCAUGGGCCUGUUCGGCCACAUGCGCAUCCACGAGAGCGGAAUUGACCGCAGCCUUGACACACCCACCCCGCCGAGCCCCACUCCCAAUCCACCACCUUGUGCACCAACUAACCCCUCCCCAGCCGUCAUCGACGCCACCGACCUUACAACCCCUCACUCCUCCCCUUCCUCCUCCUCUUCCUCCUUCACUGCCACAACGACGGCCACUUCAGCGUCUGUCGCCCACGACUUCACCACAGCCGAACCUGACACAACAACAGGCACAACCCCUGCAACCUGCAUCAUCAGACGUGAGGGCCAGGACUACAUCUGCCCUCACUGCGAUCGCACCUUCACCUCACGCAACGGCCUGGUCGGUCACUUGCGAAUCCAUGGCACAGAGACCGGCGAACCAGUGCCUGGAGCACCAAUCUACACCCAGCGCACUCGCCUCCACUGCCCACACUGCCCUCGCACCUUCACGCAUCGCAUGAGUCUAUUCGGCCACAUGCGCAUCCACGAGAGCGGAAUUGACCGCAAUUCCGAUACAGCCACGACAUCCAACACAUCCACCACGCCCAGACCCAUCCUCGCUCCACUGUCACAUGCGCCGACCACCACCACCAACACCACUGCUUCCUCUACAGCUGACACCGACACCGCCGACCUCUCAUGCCCACACUGUCCACGCACCUUCACCUCACGCAUCGGCCUGGUCGGUCACUUGCGAAUCCAUCGCACAGAGACUGGCGAACCAGUGCCUGGAGCACCAACCUACACCCACCGCCUUCGCCUCAACUGCCCACACUGCCCUCGCACCUUCACGCAUCGCAUGGGUCUAUUCGGCCACAUGCGCAUCCACGACGACCUGCGGUAGACAACCGCCGGUCACACCACACAUUCCUUCACACCCUACCUCCUAACACCAUCACCCCACCAGACCUCAACCCUCACACACCUCAUGCACUCAACUGCCGCCUCCCACGCAAGUGGGAAGUGUGCAUCUCGACUCGAUCCCCAUGCGGCUUCGGCUGCACGGGUGACUUGUGUCCGAGACUAUCCCGACACUUCAAGUGUCGUGGAUAGGAAGGUUGCUGUUUGAGGCCUGCUCUCGGUUCACGCAGUUCGUCAUGUUGUGUGUGUGUUUUGUGUAGUGGCGGACUGGUGGGCUGGGGACGGGCUGCAACAGCACCUUCCACGGCACUCUCAAACAAGUGAGAGACACGCCGUUCAACCCCCGUUGUGUGAAAUCAUGGUGUGUGUGUGUUUGGGGGGCCAGGUCGUGCUGUGGAGCGCGUAGUCAUGGUCAGUCGACCGUGUCAGCCACCGCGCCCAUUUCCCACUCCAGUCUGCUGACCGGCUCGGACAGCGGCUGGGGUGUGGGAGUGGGAAGGGAGAGUGAGGUCGACGACUCAGCGCACUUUCUCCUCACUAUAAUCAAUCUGACGCGCUUGAAGCUAUCACGGUGCGCUAAAAGCCGUGGCUUGGAAGGUUUCCAACUGACGGGGUACCUUGGACCUCCUCUUUCACGGGAGGCGGUCUGAGAGUCAGGCUGAAAUGUCUCCUUUUUAAUGUGGCUUUUAUGGCAUGUCCACCACAGUGUGGGAUCCGAGCCAGGCGUUGGCGGCACGCCUAGGUGCGGCUUCGGCCGUGCCAGCCUCCAAUAUCGGUUGUGUUGGUUGAACUCUUGGUUAUUUGUUGUGUGGACCUUGGGGUGUGGUGGAACGCGAAGGUGAGGAUCCGUCCGAGCCAUCCACCUGCGGCCUCCCUCGUCUCCGGUCUUCUUGACUCUGUCUUGACACCGGGCCCAGGCGGGGGAGGAGGAGAGAGUGUAGGUAGAUGCUACGCAAGUCUACUGGCAAUAUAUACCCCUGCGUAAGUCACCGUCCCUGCUCCCACCGCUGAUGCAGCUGUAUGGCACACGGUGGACAUCGUCGAAAUCGACGGUCGAACUGUCGUGUGUGUGUGUGUGUGUGUGUGCGUGCGUGCGUUACGAUUUAUAUUUCCCCGCACCCCAUCCCAAUAUCCGUGGAUCAUAAGAGAGUUCGGCAGCCCGCGCCGUGAGGAGAUAAAAGGUUAGACACAGUGCCCUAAAAAUUGCUGGGAACCACGUCUCUGCAGGCUGGCCGUGGCCGCAGACAAAACACACGGUCAACACAACCAAAACCGAAACAACAGCAAUCACUCUUUUCCUCGUGCAGCCUAUUCUCCUUCUUCCUCUCAUUCUCCGUUUCGCCAACGCAAUCGCCAGACUGGCAGGGUAAGUCCGCUCACUCUGGCAGCCGUAAUGUGCGUUCCCUUUUAGACAAGCCAAGGAGCAACCGGCCGGAACGGAGGACGGCGUAAGUAGCUCGAGAACUGGCGCGUUACAAGGUGAACAUCGUCGCUCUCAACGAAACCAGAUUCUCCGAGCAAGGACAACUGGAGGAUGUGGGUGCCGGCUACACCUUCUUCUGGAGUGGUCGGCCCAGGGCAGGGCGACAAGACGCGGGUGUUGACUUCGCCAUCCGGAAGGAAAUCGUAGGACAACUGCCCUGUUUACCACAGGGCAUCAACGAUCGCCUGAUGAGCCUCCGUCUGCCUCUCCGGGGUGGUGGCAAAUUCGCUACCAUCAUCAGCGCCUACGCUCCAUCGAUGGCCGGCCACGACGUCGCCGCAAGAGGCAAAUUGUACGAGGAACUUCACGCUCUCUUGGCGACUGUAGAAAGCGGACAAGUUGUCUGUCCUCGGUGAUUUCAACGCCCGCGUCGGCACAGACCAUACUGCCUGGAGAGGAGUGCUGGGUCCUUAUGGUCUCCGAGGCUGCAACGACAACGGCCUGCUGCUUCUCCGCACCUGCGCAUAACACCGUCUCAUCCUGACGAACACGUUCUUCUGUCUGCCGGAACGAGAGUAGGACACCUGGAGGCAUCCUCGGUCGCGUCAGUGGCACCUGCUGGACUAUGUCCGCGUUCGGAGGCGAGAUCAGCGGGAGGUGCUGGUGACAAAGGCGAUCGGGGGUGCUGACAGGUGGACCGACCAUCGCCUCGUCAUCUCGAAGAUGUGUAUUCGCCUACAGACUCGCAGGGGACCACAAGGUAAGCGACCCCCAUGUAAGCUGAAUAUUACCUUGUUGUCUUUUCCCGCUCACCAUCUCCAUUUCAGCAAUGAGCUAGCUCAACGGCUAGACAACCUUCCAUCGCCGAUGCCGCCGCUGCCGAGAACGCUUCCGUGGAGAACCGCUGGUGUCAACUGCGAGACACGGUCCAGUCGACGGCGCUUACCGUCCUCGUCCGCGCACGCCGCCAACACCAGGACUGGUUCGACGACAACGACGCCGCCAUCGGAAAUCUGCUUGCCGAGAACAAUCGCCUACACAAAGCCUACGCAGAUCACCCCACUGACGGCAACAGAGCUGCCUUCUACCACAGUCACCGCCAUCUUCAGCAACGACUGCGCGAGACGCAGGACGCCUGGACUGCUCGCAAAGCUGAGGAGAUCCAAGGGUACGCGGGCCGAAACGAAUGGAAGAACUUCUUCUCCGCUAUCAAAGUUGUCUACGGUCCGCCAGCGAAGGGCACUGCUCCUCUCCCCAGCGCCGACGGCAUUACCCACCUUACUGAGAAGACACAAAUUCUACAGCGAUGGGCCGAGCAUUUCCGAGGCGUCCUCAAACUCCCUUUCACCAUCUCCGACGCCGCCAUCGACCGUUUGCCGCAAGUGGGGACCAACGUGAACCUCGACCUUCUGCCAUCACUCCAAGAAAACACCAGUGCCGUGCAGAAGCUCUCCAGCGAGAAAGCACCCGGAUCAGACGCAUAA